UCCUUUUUUGGGGUUUCCAACUUAAAGAUUAGAUUUCGAAGUUACUUUUUGUUCAUUAUUUAGUCAAACCUUCUUUUGGAAUCAAUGAAAUAAUUUUUAAGCGUUUUUAUUUAAUAAUUUGUCAAAGUGAAAGUAGCUUUCUGCACUGAAUAUCCUUAUCAUGGCGUCCAAGGAUUCAUACGGAAUCGUUGAAUGGUAUGGCAAUGGAAACGGACACCGCUGUGGUUAUUGUAAAAGUCCAAAUGGCAACAUUUCAGAUGGAAUGUGGGCACAUGCCUUGACUGUACAGAACUAUCAAGAUCUAAUUGACAGAGGAUGGAGAAGGAGUGGGAAGUACUGUUACAAACCGCUAAUGAACAAAACAUGCUGUCCACAUUAUACCAUAAAAAUGGAGGCACUAAAUUUUCGGAUGAAUAAAUCUCACAAGAAGAUAAUCAAACAGGUCAACAAAUAUCUUAUACAUGGGAUAAAACCAGGAGAGGUUAAAGGUCAAGAUCAGGAUGGCGCUCGAGAUGCCCCUCAUUCAGAAGCAGGAAAUGUGCCAGAAGGGGAAACACCAACUGUUGAAGGGGAGACUACUCCGGGAGUACAAAAUACAGAAACCUUAUCACCUCCUAAACCAGAAACAGUGAAGGAUUGUUCAAUGGAAAUAAGUAAAUCAGAAGAAGCUUCAAAAUCAAAAAAGGAAAUCAGAAAGGGGCAGGGAGCAGAUCCAAACAAACCACCAUGUCGUAAAGCUAAAGAUAUCAGGAUGGAGUUAAAAAAGAAAAAAUUACUAGCGGCAGGCAAGGAUCCGCAGGAAGUGGAAGAAAUGUUUCAGAAGAAGACCGAUCCUACAGAUGGGGUUAAAACUCUAGAGGACUAUCUAAAUGAACCUUCUAACACAGAAAAAAGUGCUCAUAAAUUAGAGAUUAAACUGAUUAGGAGUAACCCACGGCAACGUCCAGAAUUUGUUGACAGUUUUAAAGAAUCCCAUCUAGUCUUUAAGAAAUACCAAAUGUCCAUACAUCAUGAAGAUGAAAGUGACUGUGAUCUAAGUCAAUUUGAAAAUUUUCUAGUUGAUUCUCCACUCAAGGAGACAAAAGGAGAAGAUAAAACACAUGGUCGUGUGUCCAUGGGAUAUGGAUCCUUUCAUCAGCAUUAUAUACUGGAUGGGAAAAUUAUAGCUGUUGGUGUGGUAGACAUUCUCCCCCACUGUAUAUCAUCUGUAUAUUUAUACUACCAUCCUGAUUAUUCAUUUCUAGCUCUAGGAACCUAUACAGCCUUACAGGAAAUUGCAUUUACAAGAUCCUUAAAUAAGAUGGAUGAAGAACUGAAAUAUUAUUAUAUGGGUUAUUAUAUACAUUCCUGUUCUAAAAUGGUAUACAAGGGUCAGUAUUAUCCUUCCUUGCUUUUAUGUCCUGAGACUUUCACAUGGCAGUCUAUAGAGAAAUGUAGACCGAAAUUAGACCAGAACAGAUAUUCUAGAUUGGCUCCAGAGGGAGUUGAGGAUGAAAAUCUAAAUGUACCAGACGAUCAGAUUACAAUUCUUUUUAUGAGGCAGUUAAUGAACUAUACUAUAUAUACACAACUUAACCCUAAGGCCAAAGAUGCUAAAGCUGUUAAACAGUACUCUCAACUCGUUGGCAAAAAAGUGGCUUCAAAUAUGAUGUUAUUCAGAUCUGGUUAACAACAAUUUAUCUGUCAGGUUUUUGUUAGCCUUAGUUGACAAUGUUUUCCUGUGGUAACAGUCUUUUCUAUCACGUUCUAAACUAUGUAUUAUUUAUAUCAUGUUUAUUUGAUUUUUAAUGACCAUACCUACUUAAUCCUUUAACGUUUAACCACAGUGAUUUAAGAAUAUGUAUGCUGUAUAUUGUUAAAGGUUGUGCUCAGACUUUCAGAAAACCUUGUCAAAUUGUAUUUUGUAAUGUCAAACCAGUCAUUAUGAUGUUGUACUGUUAUCUGUUUGAAUUUUUAAAGAUUAAUAGAUUACAAUGUAUAGAAUCAUAUUCAAAACAGUGUGGUCCUGGCCAUUGAUUGACGACCUAAAUUAUCCCAUUGACUAGGACAGAUUAGGUGAACGUUUGUCGGUAACAAUCACUGCUCACUAUGUACUUGUUAAAGACACUGAAUCUGUGGGGUCACCAAAGGUUCUCAACACCUAAAUAAAGCAAUUCGAAAAACGAAUCCGGAAUAAUACGAUGUGUUGAUUUAUAUUAAUAAUAUAAAUCAAAAUAUAAAGGUUAUUCCUGAAUAAUUUUUCGAAUUAUUUUAUUAUUAAAGGCGGUUAGAACCUUUGGUGACCCCACAGUUUAAAUUCUAUAAUAAGUAAGAAGUGAGCAAUGGUCAUUACAGACAAACGUUCACCUAAUCUGUCCCAGUCAAUGGGAUAAUUUAGGUCGUCAAUCAAUGGCCAGGACCACACUGUUUUGAAUAUGAUUCUAUGUUAUGAUAAGUUAUGUAUGCAAGAUGUAUAGUUUUGUAUUAUUUUGUUUGUUUGGAAGAUUUUCAUUUUCAUGUUCAGAAAAGUACACAUAUAUAUGUCUGCAGUGCUGUACACAUGUAUAGGUCUGUAGUGCGGUACACAUAAAUAUAUAUAUCUGUAGUGCGGUACACAUAUAUAUAUCUGUAGGUGUGAUACACAUAUAUAUGUCUGUAAUGCGGUACACAUAUAUAUGUUUGUUACUAAGUGUGAUACACAAUAUACAUAUACCUAGCAAGGUCAAAGGGUUAAGAAAUGACCAAUAUUUCUCACGCAGUUUCUUUUCUUUAUUUUGUACAUGUACCAUAUUAAACCCCUUAAUGUAAACCCCAACCAGACCCUAAAACCCAUUUUCUUGUACACAACAGUGUGUCCUUGAUUUACCUUCAUCAGGUUUGUAAAACCAAGAACAGAGGAACCAUAGUUGUCAACUUUGAAUGAGGAAGUUACAACAUAAAAUAAUAUGAAUGAGAUAGGAGGAGGUAUCAUAAGACCCGCCUGAAAUUGUAAUAAAAUUAAAAUUUUCAAGCCUUUUAAAAUGAUGCUAAUGUUUAAAUUGUUAAAUGAACAUGCUGGUAUUAUCUGGACUCAUUUAAUGCAGAAAGGUUAUUUCAUAAAUAUAUUGAACAAAUUUUACCUUAAAUUCAAAAUGUGAAUUUUAAAAAAAUCAAAAAUUUUAAAUGUGAAAAUCAAAAACACCUUAAAUUUAAUUAAAAUGUGAAUUUAUAAAAAAAUCUAGAAUUCAAAAUGUGAAAUUUAAAACAACUAUAGAAUUUAAAACGUGAAAUUAAAAAAAAUCUAGAAUUUAAAAUGUGAAAUUAAAAUAAAUCUAGAAUUUUAAAUGUGAAAUUAAAACAAAUCUAGAAUUUAAAUUGAUACUAUAAGUGUGAAGAGCAUUAGUUCAGGAACAAAAUAGGCUAAAAUAUUGGUAGGUAAAGGAGUCCCUUUUCUAGAUAGUUGAUAUUGAAAGAUGGAUAGAAAAGGCUGACUCUAACUUUUACUUUAUAUUUGCAUUGGCUUUAUUUGGGUCCCAAAUAAUUAAAAAAAAAAAAAUCUAGAAUAUGGUUAAAUUUUGGUAAAUGACCUUUUAUGAGCUAUUGACAUCUUUCAUGAAAAGAAAAAUGGGUGUUAUGGGGCAAAUAGUUUACCCUGUAUUGAAUGAAAAAACAAAAACAACAAGUAGUCACAGAACAUCUGACAAGAAUUCUUAAACCUCGCCUUAUCUUAAAUGGUAAUUUUACACAUAUAUUUUUGUCAAACUAAUAUGGUAUUACACAAGAAGAUAUUUUUACGCACUUUUGCGUCUUAGUAAAAUACAUCUUGUAGCAUAGCAUAUGAUUAGUAAAUGCCUUGGCUCAUGUUAAAUUUUUAUAAAUAACAAGAUCUGAAAAUGAUGCUCUUUUGAUAAUUAACAGUUCAUUGAGAUAUUUUUUGAAGUUAUAUAUUAAAUAUCUCAAGUUAAAAUGGUAAUAGGCAGAAUUUUUAAAUUAGAGGGGGGUGGGGGGGUAUUUCUUGUAACAGAAGAAAUGUAUAUUUAAAAUUAUGCAUAUAAGAACCACUUACUACUCUUCUGAUUGUACUCUCAGGAAUAAAUAACACACCAGUAAACGUAGCUGUGACAACCUAGUCAUAGAAGCUGCAAAAUAUAUAGGUUUAUUGUACAAAAUAACCUGCUCAAACACUUGUUUAUCAAAAAAAAAAAGAUAAUAUAA